GCCGCCGCGCCUUGCUGGUCUCGGCUCUUCGCUUCGGGCGAGGAGCGGCUCCAUCACCUGCGCCCAAGAUGGCUUCUGUAACAGAUGCCAGAUUUGGACACAAGGAUGUUUCGGACCAGAACUUUGACUAUAUGUUCAAACUCCUGAUCAUUGGCAACAGUAGUGUGGGCAAAACUUCCUUCCUCUUCAGAUAUGCUGAUGAUACUUUCACACCUGCCUUUGUCAGUACAGUGGGAAUUGACUUCAAAGUGAAGACUGUUUACAGGAAUGACAAGAGGGUAAAACUGCAGAUUUGGGAUACAGCUGGACAAGAAAGGUACAGGACCAUCACGACCGCUUAUUACAGAGGAGCAAUGGGAUUUAUCCUGAUGUAUGAUGUUACUUGUGAAGAGUCCUUCAAUGCUAUACAAGACUGGUAG